AUGCCGCUGCCCGUUGCUCUGCAGACUCGCUUGGCGAAGAGAGGCAUCCUCAAGCAUCUCGACCCCGGAAAAAGGUUCCCCACUCCUGUCUUAUCUGAACCCAGGAACAGGACAGAUUUAGAACCAGAGGAAGAGAUUAUUGCUGAGGACUAUGAUGAUGAUCCCGUGGACUAUGAGGCCACCCGCUUGGAGGGCCUGCCACCCAGCUGGUACAAGGUGUUUGACCCGUCCUGUGGGCUCCCUUACUACUGGAAUGUGGACACAGACCUGGUCUCCUGGCUCUCCCCCCACGACUCCAACUCCAUCGUUACCAAAGCAGCUAAGAAGCUCAGGAACAGCAAUCCGGAUGCUGCUGAGGAGAAGUCGGAGCGGAGCCACGAGAAGUCGGAGCGGAGCCACGAGAAAUCGGACCGGGGCCACGAGAAGUCUGAAAGGAGCCACGAGAAGUCUGAGAGGGGCCACGAGAAGUCUGACAGAGACCGAGAACGUGGCUAUGAAAAGGUGGAGAGAGAAAGAGAGCGGGACAGGGACAGGGACCGGGACCGGGACAGGGACCGUGACCGGGAUCGUGACCGGGAACGGGACCGUGACCGUGACCGUGGGUACGACAAGGCGGACAGAGAAGAGGCCAAAGAACGGCGCCACCAUCGCCGGGAAGAGCUGGCUCCCUAUCCCAAGAGCAAGAAGGCGUCAAGCCGGAAGGAUGAGGAGCUAGACCCAAUGGACCCCAGCGCAUACUCCGAUGCACCCCGGGGCACCUGGUCUACCGGACUCCCCAAGCGGAACGAGGCGAAGACGGGGGCAGACACGACGGCCGCCGGACCCCUGUUCCAGCAGCGUCCCUACCCAUCCCCAGGGGCUGUGCUCCGGGCCAAUGCCGAGGCCUCCCGAACCAAGCCGCAGCCCCAGGACUGA